AUGAGCGGCCAUAAGCUGUCGCUACUGGUUGCCUUGACGGCAUUGGUGGCGUUGACGGCGGUGGAGGCGGAGUACAAUGUCGUCGACUACGGCGCGAGGCCCGACGGCGGGGCGGACUCGGCUGGGGCGUUUUUGGCCGCGUGGGGCGCGGCGUGCAACGACACGGGGAGCUCCGGCUCCCGGCCGGUGCUGCGCGUGCCGGCGGGCAGGUUCCUGCUCAGCCGGGCCUACUUCAAGGGCCCAUGCCGGAGCGCCGGCGUGGUUGUCGCCAUCGACGUCAAUGGCACCGUUUUCGCGCCGCCGACCGUGGACAGCAGGGCGUGGAUCAUGUUCCACCACGCCGACGGCCUGGCGAUCCGCGGCGGGACGUUGGACGGGCAGGGGCAGGAGUACUGGGCGUGCAAGAAGGACGGCAGGUGCACCGGGCAGGGCCCUACGUACGUGCACUUGCAGACGCUGGACAUUAGUCAGUCCAAGGGCGUGAGUGUGAAGCAGCUGACGCUGCUCGACAGCAAGAACGUCCACAUGGUCAUCUUCGACUCCACCGGCGUGACGGUCCAGGGCGUCAGGAUGGUCGCUCCGGCCAACAGCCCCAACACCGACGGCAUCCACGCCCAGCUCUCCCGCCACGUGAGCAUCCUCAACACCACGAUCAGCACCGGCGAUGACUGCGUCUCCCUGGGGCCCGGCUCCUCCGACGUGCUCAUCAGGGACAUCAAGUGCGGCCCGGGCCACGGCAUCAGCAUCGGGAGCAUGGGAGGGCAGGCCGGCGAGCAGGGGGUGAGGAACGUGACCGUGGAGAGGGCGGUGCUGACGGGCACGACGAACGGCCUGCGAAUCAAGACGUGGGGGAUGCCCAACCCAGGCUCCGUCACGGGCGUCUCCUUCUCGCAGGUCACGAUGCAGCGCGUGGCGAACCCCAUCGUCGUCGACCAGAACUACUGCCCCCGCAGCCGCAAAGUCGAAUGCCCGGGCAAGAGCUCGGGGGUGCAGAUCAGCGACGUGUCGUACGAGGACAUCGAGGGCACGUCGAGGACGCCCGUGGCGGUCAAGUUCGACUGCAGCGACACCAACCCCUGCAGCGGGAUCAGGCUCAAGAACAUCAGGCUGACGUACCGGCACAAGCGGCCGGCGCAGGCCAAGUGCCGGAACGCCGGCGGGUCCGCGUCCGGGGAGGUCACGCCGCCGAGCUGCUUCUGA